AUGGUCUGGGUUCAACUGCCUGAUCUCACACCAGAGUUCUUCAAUCAAUUGGCGGUCAUGCGUAUUGCUGAACACAUUGGCAAACCUGUUAGAGUGGAUAGAGCUACGUUAGAGGGAGCAAGCAUGAAUUACGCUCGAGUUUGCGUGGAGGUUGAUUUAACAAGACCACUCCUAUCGAAAUAUAAAGUGGAGGGUGUGGAGUAUAUGAUCACUUAUGAGGGACUUUUCAAUGUUUGUUUCGACUGUGGAAGGUAUGGGGCAAAGACAAGCGCUUGCUCAUGCAAACUUCCGACCGCAAUGGAAACUGUCCAAGAGGCGGUGGAGACUAUGGCGACUGUGGGUGACCAGGAGAUUAACCAAAAGCCCCCGUUGUAUGGAGAAUGGAUGAUCGCGAAGCGGAAAAAUAGAAAACCUUCCAUGAAUCCUUCCAAUGCGAAUAAUACCUAUGUCCCACGCAAAGCUUCUGGGAUUCAGUACGAAGUUCUAUCUGAAGAAACUGGUGACAACGAGGAAAAGAAAGCGGUAGGGAGUAAGGGGACAGUAGUGAGAACGGAAGUUCCGAGUGGUAACAGGCACAUGGAAAUACAGGGACAGAAGAAGGUGGGUGGAAAGAAGAGCCAGGAGAACCAACAAGAAAAAAGAGUGGUUACUUCGGGAAAUAAUGAAAAGAAUGCACAUGACUUAAGGUCGGGCAGAGAGGUGGAGAAGGAUAAACAAACACAGUUAAAUCUCAAGGCUAAUCCAGCGGAUGCUAGACCUGCUCAUGCUAAUGAGAUAAAGCUUGGAAAGGACAAAAAAGGAAAUAAGAAUCUGAAUGGUCCGAGGAAAUGA